GUGUGAGCACAGGCCCGCUGUGAUUUGGUAGCCGCUGCAGUCGGAGGAAGGACCGCGGUUCUACCCCUUCAAUCUUUCAGUUUCGACUCGAAAUUCUAUAGGUGGUUCCUCGUAGUAGCGAUCAGAUAUUUGUGUGUACUCUAGUCGUGUUCUAUGAUAAUUACGUCGCUGUAUUAUCAAGCAACCGAGAUCACUCGCCAUUUUAAUCGCAGGUUUCCACUGACAGCAGCGCUAGCACAACAAUGGCUCUGAAAAGAAUCCACAAGGAAUUGAAUGACUUUGCACGGGAUCCUCCAGCCCAAUGUUCUGCUGGACCAGUAGGAGAUGACAGUUUUCACUGGCAAGCCACAAUAAUGGGGCCUAAUGACAGUCCUUACCAAGGCGGGGUUUUCUUCUUGACCAUCCACUUCCCCACAGACUACCCCUUCAAACCACCAAAGGUUGCAUUUACCACAAGAAUCUACCAUCCAAAUAUCAACAGCAAUGGCAGCAUUUGUCUUGACAUCCUGCGAUCACAGUGGUCUCCGGCUCUCACCAUCUCCAAAGUUCUCCUGUCCAUCUGCUCUCUGCUGUGUGACCCAAACCCGGAUGACCCCUUAGUACCGGAGAUCGCCCGUAUCUACAAGACGGACAGGGAAAAGUACAACAAAAUAGCCCGGGAAUGGACACAAAAGUAUGCAAUGUAGUGUUGGAGCGGGAUCAUUGCCAACCAGCUCUACGGCAAAAGUUUGGGGAGCUUGAGAUGUAAAGAGAAAACAAACAAAAAAACACAUACAAACAAAUGAAAACGUUUCAAACAAGGUCUUGUUGGUUUCCAUUGGAGUGCUUUCAUUGAGCCACGCCUCCCCCUCACCAGAGUACCUGUAAAAGUCUCUCGACGCCCCGCCCCACCCCGCCCCAACC